GUGCCGUUGGUUCAGAAGCGCUCUACGCACACCACGGGAGGGGGAGCCACUGGUUGAGAGCGAGGAAAUCGCGUGAACGGAGAGCUGCUGUGGAUUGGUUUCUUCUGUCCGAAGUGUCCUGAUCUGCUUUUGUGUGCAAGCUUUAUUGCUGCUGGUGCUCGAGGGAAAAAAGGUCAAACUGUCCGACACGCCUGCCGCGGCGACAGACAAUAGCGCGGCGUCGGCUAGUAUGUGCGCUGGCGAAGAGAUGCCGUGGAUGGUCAACAAGUUCGGAGGGACCAGCGUGGCUAGCGCGGAGGCCAUGCGGAUGGUGAAGGACAUCGUUAUGGGCCAGGUCGAAACGCGAGGGGACGCGGGCAAGAUGGCCGUGGUCGUGAGCGCCAUGGGCGGAAAGCCCAAGGUCACCGACCUCCUGCUCAACUCUGUUGCUCUCGCGGCUGCGGGUAAUCGCGAGGGCUCUGAGGCUGUGCUGACAUCCAUCCGUGCGAAGCAUUCCCAAGCGAUCGAGCUGCUGGGACUGCCGGCUGAGGACAGCGAGCGAAUCCAAGCCGUGGUGGAGAGCGAUCUCUCCGAUAUCAGGGUCCUGCUCAAAGCUGUGCACCUGAUGAGGCACGAGGACGGGAAGAUGAGGGAGCUCGUGAGCGGCUUCGGAGAGGUAUGGUCGUCUCAGAUCUUGUGCGCUCUCCUCAACAAGAACUCGGAGGGCCGGCGUUUCUGCUUCUUGAACGCGAGGAGGGUACUGAUCGUCGCCGAUCCCCCGGAAGGAGAGGCGAUGUCGACAUCUCCCGGCCCGGAGAUAGACUGGGACGAGUCCCUCUCUAGGCUUGGAGAAUUCCUCUCGUCUGAGGAGGCCAAGAGCUGUCCCACGGGCAUCGUCAUCACCGGCUUUGUCGCAUCGACCAAGGCUGGGGUGGCCACCACGCUCCAGAGAGACGGGAGCGACUAUUCUGCGAGCAUUUUCGGGAAGCUUCUGCAAGCUUCGGCCGUGCAGAUCUGGACAGACGUGGACGGCGUUCUCAGCGCCGAUCCCAGGAAGGUUCCCGAAGCGAAAGUGUUGCCAGAGGUGUCGUUCAACGAGGCGGUGGAGCUGGCCUACUUCGGCGCCAAGGUGAUCCACCCCAAGACCAUGCAGCCCGCCGUCACGGCGGGGAUCCCCAUCCUCAUCAAGAACACCUUCAACCCCGCCUUCCCCGGCACGAGAAUAUUCACCUCCAGCACGGCAACCAAGGACAGGAGACGGUGCAUUUGCGGCUUCAGCACGAUGGACAACAUCGCCCUCCUUAACCUGGAAGGGAUGGGCAUGGCGGGCCACCCCGGGGUGGCAGCGAGGCUCUUCGGAGCUCUCCAGCGCGUGGGGAUAUCGGUCAUCCUGAUUUCUCAGGCAUCGUCUGAACACAGUAUCUCCGUGGCGAUAGAGGUGGCGGGGGCCGCGGCGGCGAAGAAGGUCACGGAAGAGGCGUUCGCCGUCGAAAUCAGAAGCGAAACCGUCGCCGUGGAUGUCAUCAGCCCGUGCUGCAUAGUGGCCGCCAUCGGAGACGGCAUGAGUCACACUACAGGGGUGUCCGGCCGCUUCUUCGAGGCCCUGGGGAGCGCCAGCAUCAACGUGCUCGCCAUCGCGCAGGGGUGCAGCGAGAGAAACAUCUCGUGUGUGGUGGAGCAGCGGCAGAGCGCCAAGGCUCUCAGGGCGGUGCACGCGGCCUUCCUGUUGUCGCACUUGACGGUGAGCGUGGGCGUGGUCGGGACGGGCACGAUCGGAGCCAGCUUGCUGGGCAUGCUUGUGGAGCAGAGGGAGGUUCUCCGCACGCAGUUUCACCUCGACUUGCAGAUCAGGGCGAUGUUGCUCAGCGGAACCCCCAUCAACCUUGCUCGGUGGAACGACUCCCUCAACGCCCCACCGGGUGUCGAAGAAGAGAGGGAAGGUAUGCGGGGGCUCGGGGCCAACCCGUGCGACUACGACGACGGGGCCAACGGCAGGGGGGACACCGGGUGCGCGCAGCCCCUGGACGUGCCGGCGUUCGUGGACUUCGUUAAGUCGGACCACCUCCCGCACUCGGUGAUCGUGGACUGUUCUACGGCCGACGGGGCCACGAGCGACCACGCUUCCUGGCUGUCGCUGGGGUUGCACGUGGUGAGCAGCAACAAACUAGCGAGUGGAGGAGCCCUCGGCAGCUACCAUGAGCUGCUAAAGGCUCGAGAUACCAGUCCCGCGAGUUACCACUACGAGACCACGGUUGGCGGAGCUUUGCCCGUCGUCACCACUCUGCAAAACCUGCGGAGCGCCGGAGACGAGGUGCUGCGGAUAGAGGGCGUCCUCAGCGCCUUCCUGUCGUACAUCUUCAACAGGAUAUCUCCUGGCCCUGACUGCAGCGGCGGCGGCGGCGGCGGCGGCGGCAAGCAGCACAAAGAACCCGUGGCGUUUUCGAAGGCGUGCUGGGAGGCCGCCGAGCAGGGGCUCAUGGAUCUUGGAGACGUGGUGAAGGAUCUGGGCUGCGAAGAUCAGAGGCGGGUGCUGCUUAUCCUGGGCCGAGAAAUGGGUCUGGAGCUGGAAGAAAGCGACGUCAAACUAGAGCCGGUUCUGGAUGUUUCCAACGAAGUAGGCGGAAGCGAAACAGUCGCGAGGGUGUCUGCCUUGGACGCGGAGAUGAAGCGGAGAGUGGAAGCUGCGAGGGGGGCGGGGAAGGUGCUUCGGUACGUCAUCAAGGUUGAGUGCAACGGUGCUAACGGCAGAGAGGAGGCGACGGCCGGUAUCCGAGAAGUGGAGAUGAGCCAUCCUUACGCCGGCCUCAAAGGAGCCGCCUUCUGUGUCAUGUACCAGACUAAGCGCAUGGGAGAAUCGGCACCGAUGGUCCUGCAGGGACCCAUGGGGGGGCCGGAGACGGUUGCAAGCGGGCUGCUGGCCGACCUGCUUCGCGUGUGUACCUCCCUGGGAGCGAGGGAUCGCGGACACGGCCACCUCAUGAAGAGCGCGAGUUCCGCUGGCCUGGCCGGCGCGUCUCGUAGCUGACACGACCCGGGUGCGAAUCACUUGCGGAACGUCCGAAUGUUGUUGGUAAAGGGGAUGGCAAUGGUUGUUCCCCGGGGUUUCAAGUUAGGGCUGUGCAGUAGCUUAACUGGGUGUGGCACGGCAAGUGCACGAGGUGGAGAAAAAGGCGUUCCUUCUUGUGUUGCUCGAGAGCGUCCCGCGCCCGGCUACGACACGGUAGGCAUGAUGGUGUUAUUCGGUGGCACCAUGAUGUAAAAAGCGACGCACCGAUGUGUGGAUGCCGAGUCGACCUCUCUCUCUCUCUCUCUCUCUCUCUCCCUUCUGCAUACCGUGCGUCUUGUUCUUGAGGGGCGUAGCCCCUGUCUUUUUUCUGGCAAGAGUCGUCUUUGGCCGUGACUUGGAGUGGAGACGUCUUGCCUUGGGUUCGGCGUGGCUAGUUUUUUCCCGCUAGCGCCCAGCAUUGCUGCUUGGUAUCUCAUGUGGAAUCGUUUGGGUACUUGUUUGAAUUUUUAUGUCCUCCGGUUAUGUGCCUUUCACCGGUGGCUCACCCGUACCCUACCUUCCUUUGCAUCGAUGUGGCUGUGUGUUUUGGGUGGGGAUAUGCCGUCGUUGGCCGUAUAUCACCCGCAGUCCAGUCUAACCGUACAAGUAGUACCGGCCAUGGGGGAACAAGCACGGUUUUCCAUUUGUGGAUUUGCUUAUUUGUUUCGCUUCGAAGUAGACGGCCUGUGACUACAGCAGCUAGCUGGACCCAACUCCGAUAUCGAGACGCCAUAGCCGUUACGAUCGUUUGGCAGGACGCCUGUUUCGAGGGUGACAUAAACCCAUCGUAUCGUUUCGUUUGUUUUUGAACGGCCUGCGUAGUUUGCUUCCGGUCUCCACAUUGCAUCAAGAGAGAGAAUGACAAUGACACACACACACACAGAGAGAGAG